AGAACACCGUAAAACUUCUUUUCCAAUUGACGCAACCUGAGGCUUUACUCCCAAUCGGCUUAAGUUAAGAGACAAGAGGGCAGCGCGGAAGAGCUGAGAGUGAAAGCCGGGAAGAUGAUCGUCUGUGUCGCCGUCGUCGGCUAUCAGAACAAUCCGCUGUACAUACAGAGCUUCACCGACGCCGAUGAUGCUCUCAAACUCCACCACAUCGUCCAUUGUUCCCUCGAUGUCGUCGACGAGCGAGUGAACAAUCCCAAAAAAUCUGGGCCGACGUUGAACGAGACCUUUCUGGGCUUGCUUUAUCCUACUGAAAAUUACAAAGUGUAUGGUUAUUUGACUAACACAAAGGUGAAGUUCAUUUUGGUGACGACCGAUUUAGAUGUUAGAGAUGCCGAUGUCAGAAAUUUUUUCAAGAGGUUCCAUGCUGCAUAUGUUGAUGCCGUCUCAAACCCAUUUCAUGUGCCUGGUAAAAAGAUUACAUCCAGAACUUUUGCAGAAAGAGUGAGCACCAUAGUCAAGUCCUUUGGGUUGAGUUCAGUUGGGUGAUUCUGAUGUGAGAUUAAAGCCUUUGAAUAUUCUUCAUUAAACUAGCAGAUUCUGUUACUUUUUGUACUCAUUACUGUUUUUUUUUUCCUUUUCUUUUUCCUCCUUCACCUAGGAGUUUGAACGUACCAUGUAGCAUUCAUGAUUUGUUCAGGAUGUGAGUUGUAUCAAAGAUGAACAAGUGACUCAUAUUUUUCGUUUCUUCUAACUAGAAAAUACCAUUUUCUUAAUUACGUUAGUAUUUUUCU